AAGUGAAAGUUGAACCCUAAACGGCGGGGAAAAUGAAGCAUUGCUGGCGGGAAACAACAAAAAACGAUCCCCAUUUCCGAAUCAUUCAUUCAUUCUUCGCAUAACCACUAAUCAAAUUCACUCUCUCUCUCUCUCUCUCUCUCUCUCUCUAGGGUUUCGCAGAUGUUCUCGAGCUCCCAAUUCGACGCCACCUCCGCCUUCUCCGGCGGCGGAUUCAUGGCCUCUCAGCCUUCCCAUCUCAACGACUCAUCACCCGCACCGCCAAAAAGCCGCGAAACUCAGGGUUUGGUGCCGGUGACAGUGAAGCAGAUAAGUGAAGCCUAUCAAUCUGGUGAUGAAAAAUCGAAUUUUGUAAUCAACGGUGUAGAUCUGAACAAUGUAACUUUGGUUGGAAUGGUGUAUGAGAUAGCUGAGAGAAACACCGAUGUUAGUUUUACUUUGGAUGAUGGAACGGGCCGAAUCAAAUGUCGAAGAUGGGUUAAUGAGACUUUUGACACAAAGGAAAUGGAAGAAGUAAUCAAUGGUAUGUAUGUUCGUGUUUAUGGGCAUUUGAAGAGCUUUCAGGGUGUGAGGCAACUCGUUGCCUUCUCUGUCAGGCCAGUGACAAAUUUUGAUGAGAUCCCUUUUCACUUUAUUGAUUGCAUACAUAACCAUCUCCGCACCAAAGUAAAGGUGGAGGGAAUUUCUUCUGCACAUCCUUCAGCUGACUCGUAUAACACUCCUGUCAGAAAUGCAUCAAAUGGAUCUCAGGCAACAUCAUCAAAUUCAGUAUAUGCACAAUAUAGCGUGGAUGGACUAAAGGAUUGUGAUAAAUUGGUUAUUGAGUACAUACAACAGCAUUCAGACAUGUCAGAUGAACGUGGAGUACAUGUCAAUGAACUAGCUCGAGAGCUCAAGCUUCCAUUGGACAAGAUCAUGUCAGUUCUUAUUUUAGUUGUCUUAAUAUGGGUAUGCAAAGCAGUUGCCUCUGAUGUAACUCAGCUGUUUCUGAUGCCAGGUUAUCGCUGAAGACUCUUGGAGAUGAUGGUUUAGUAUACUCCACCAUUGACGAAGACCAUUAUAAACAAGCUUGAUAUUUUGUGUGAUCUGAGAAAUAUAGCUGAGGAUCAAGCUGGAUAGUACAUGAAUCCCUGAUGAUAUUAGUACUGAUCUAUUUUGCUUAUAAGUUUCAAGAUGUAGAUAUGUUAUCGGAUGAAUUUAAUCUAUUGUAUGCUCAAACCAAAAGAAUCGCUUUUUUUGCCUAUAGAUUUAU